AUGGAAUCGGAAGUUUUAAAGGAAAAAAUUCAUACAGAGCCAAUGUUAAAUGACCCACGAUACAUAACCUUAUUGAGUGGAAUAGUCCUAGUUUUUACUCUUAUAUUUUGGUGGUGCUUUACUAGAAGACGUCAUCUUCGUAGAUCAGUAUUGUUGAUGGGUCUCUCUGACUCGGGUAAAACAUUGUUGUUCGUGAGACUUGUGUACUCUCAGUAUAGACAAACAUUUACAUCUAUGAAGGAAAAUGUAGAAGAGUAUCUAACAUCAAGUAAUUCAUUGAAGAUUGUAGAUCUACCUGGACAAGAAAGAUUGAGGAACAAGUUUUUUGAUCAGUAUAAGAGCAGUGCCAAGGCUAUAGUUUUUGUCAUCGACUCAGUAACCAUUCAAAAAGAGAUAAGAGAUGUUGCAGAGUAUUUGUACACAGUUUUGUCAGACCCCACAGUACAGAGUAACAGUCCUGCUUUAAUAAUUCUGUGCAAUAAGCAGGACCAACCCUUCGCUAAGGGGAGCCAGGUUAUUAAGAACUUAUUGGAGAAGGAAAUUAACCUCGUGAGGAUCACAAAGUCCAGCCAGCUUCAGUCCGUUGACCCAUCGCACAACAACACCUCAACUUACAUUGGUAAAAUGGGGAAAGACUUUGAAUUUUCUCACCUUUCAUUUCGAGUUGAUAUUGCCGAGAGCUCUGCUAACACUGGGGAUGAUGAUAACCCAGCUGAUAUCAAAACCUUGCAAGACUGGAUCUCUAAAUUUUAA